AUGACCGCCAUCAGCAUCAGGAACAGAAGCCCCUCUGGCUGCACAGAAUACACAAGACGGCGUGACAAGCCCAUCCCUACGAGGCACUGUUACCGCAAUCAAGGCCAGUCUGCUACCCGAUACACUGGAUGGCAGCACCGAGAGCCGUGGGCCAGACAACAUGAAGACUACGGGCAUGCCCCAGCCUCCAACAAGCUACGCUGGAAUUGGACACAGGCGGAUGAAAGAUCUCAUAUGCGGUAUUCAAUGGAGCGAGCCAGUCAUCUGAUGGUCAAUGGCCCCGAAGAGAACCAUCUUCCAUUCCCAAUUCUCGAAUACGUCCGACGCUGGCUCAGUGUCAAGCACACCCCACACAGCUUCGGCGCCAGUCAUCGAAACUAUCCGGAUCCCGCAUCUCCCACCGGAUUCUCGGUCAAUGGUCUGUCUGGCUCGAACCAAGAACUGUUCCCCCAAUUCGUAAGCGUCAUGCUUGUAGGCCUUUCGACUGCGUGGACGAGCCCGCCAACUGUCGAAUUCGACCUGCAGCAUCUCCAGGAUGCACGUGAGUUGGUCGACAUCAUGCUCUCCGAGUCCAAGAGCCAAGAUACACGACCGCCGUACUUCAACUUUAUCAUCGGCGCCUAUGUGUACUACGACAUGGCUACAUCGUUCCUUGUUCCUGUCACCCAGCAGUUGCCUCUAAAUACUAGUGAGAUGUACGCCGCCGUGCUCGACGUGGGCCAAGAAUAUCAUCCUAUUGCGGGCUAUACAACAGACAUCUUCUAUCUUCUAGGCACUGUGGGACGCUACUGCCGAUCGGUUGUCGAGACAGGAGUUCGCGACGAGGCCCUCGAGGCCGUCCUGGAAGAAGAGUUAGAGAACUGGGAGCCGAACUUAGAAAAUCCCGAAUUGGGACUUAUGAGCAAUGCCUUUCGCAUGCAUGGGCUGAUCAACCUCGCCGCCAUUUGCUACAGGCGACAGGAUGUAAACACACCACAGGAACAUUUCGAGCUGUCCGUCAUGAUGGACACAGAGAUGCAGGAGCAGAUCGAGGAGUGGCAGAACCCGAGGACUCCUCCUGCCGGCGAUGAUGUUACCGACCAGGGACGGGACCUCGAACAUGAUAGCGAAACUGAAUCCGAUGACUUUCUUGAAGCGAUGGUCAGGAUGCGUGCUCUGAGCGUUGUUCGAGAUUUGGCUUCCAUACCAACAGAUAACGCUUGCAUCAAUCUCCAGGCGAUCCCGCUGUUCACUGCAGGGUCCGAGCUGACCAGAUCGGACCAAAAGGAGAGGCAAAUCGUCAUACAACGGUUCAGAGAGCUGUAUUCGAUGAACCAUCUUCGUACGAAUUUGUCGGUGUUAGAGAUCCUCCCAGAGAUGUGGGCCCGGAAAGACCGAGGCGAAAAUAUCAGCUGGUUGGAUGUUAUGGUUGAAAAGGGUUGGAGCAUGAUGCUCGGUUAA